AUGGCGGCCGUCGCUGGCGUGGCCCCCGCCUACCGCGCGGCGGGCAUGGGGCUGCAGGAGGUCCCGAGCCUGGAGCUGUGGUCGAAGCGCGGCUCCGAGAAGGACUGGUGCCCAGAGGGGCACGAGCUGAAGGGACAGCUUGCCUGCGACUCCGGCUACUGCGACAAGUGUCACCGCGAGGUCAAGCAGGGCGAGCGCAUCUUCGAGUGCAAGACCUGCGACUGGUGGAUGUGCUACGAGCCCUGCUACGGCCAGGCCAUGGUGGACUCCCUGCUGCCCCUGGGGCAGGCCCUGGCCUCGGCUGGAACGGGCCGCAGCGCCGCGUCCGAGCCGAGCCGAGCCGCCGAGCAGCGGGGGACUCAGGCACCCAGCGAGGGCGGUGGCCGCGGGCAGCCGGCAUCCCUGGGGAAGGCGGGCUCCGUCCCGCGGGCGGACAGCGCGGCUGCACUGGCGCCCACCACCAUGCCGUGGGCGGGGCUUGUGGCGCCGGCAGCGAAGGCGCAGGCGCCCCAGCGGGCCGGGAGGUGGCGGCUAGGCGGGCCCCCUGCGCCGAGGGCUCCGCCGACGACGACCGCCGCGGGCCGGCGUGUCGGCAAGGGCCAGGACGGGUACGGCUGGCUGCCGGCGCAGCACGCUCAGCUCGCCGGCGAGGCCGAGCGGCACGACAGCGCGGUGCGCCAGCGGCUGGACGAGGAGAGAGCCCUGCUCGCCGCCGAGGAGAGGCGCUGGGAGGUGGCGCACAGGGCCCUGCUGAAGUCUGCGCAGAAGGAGGCCCCGCGCUUGCCGCCGGCCCCGCCGCGGCCCUCCCGGGACGUGGCGGCGCCCGCCCUGGCGCCGACGGUGCCGGCGCUGGCGGAGGUGGCUCCGCCGGCGUCCAGCUCGGGGGCGGUGCCCGUCCCGGCGCCCACGGUGCCAGCCCUGGCGGCGCAUCUCGGGGCCGCGCCCGUGCUGGCCCCGACGGUGCCUGCGCUGACGGAGGUGGCGGCGGCGGAGCCGAUGCCCGAGCAGGCGGCGCCUGCCCUGGCGCCGAUGUUCCCUCCCGCGGAGGCGCCCGAGGUGGCGCCGCCCGCGGCUGCUCAGGCACGGCGGCAGGACGACUCGGCUUUCGUCACUGCUGGCGGUGUCCCAGCGGCUUCGGUGGGCGGCGGCGGCGGGGACGGUGAGCUCGAGGAGCAGGCAGAGGAUGACCCAAGCGCGGUCACCCUGUCCCUGGCGCCUGGGAGGCACGGGAUCAUCUACGACCCAGAGACUGGCCUGGUGUACAGAGUGGUCGAAGGCAGGCAGGGCUUUGACCUCGGCGUGCAGCCCGGGUGGUACGUCAACGGCAUCGAUGGCAGGGCGGUUGACGGAGACAGCGUCAAUGCCGCGCUGACGGCCCGACAGGCGGGGUCCAAGCCGUACCAGGUGUCUUUUCGGAGGGACGCCGUGGAGCUCUCGAUGACCCUGCCAGGUCUGGACUACGGCAGGCUGAGCCAGGACAGGGGCCUGACGGAAGGGCUGAAGGCCCGGGUGAGGCGGGCGGCCGCGGAGGUGGCCGCGGUGCCCCUGCACAGCGCGCACGUCCUGCUGGGCCCGGGCGAGUCUGGCACGGAGCUCAUCGCCACCGUGCUGCCGCGCGGCCACGACGCGCUGGCCCUGGCGAGGCGGCUGGCCCUCCCACGGACGAUCGCGCUUCUGGCUCAGGCGAUAGCUCCGCUGCCCGGCGUCGACGCGUGCGCGACGUGGCCCCUGCGCGUCGUCGGCAUCGAGGUGGCCACGGGGGUCCACGUAGACAGGCCGCCAGAGAUGGAGGUCCCGCGGCCCGGGGAGGACGAGGAGGUGCUGGACAUCGACGACGCCGCCCACGCGAGGUAUACGCCGGUGACCGACUUCCGUGAGGCUCGUUGCCGCGCCUUCCACGAGACGCGCUGCGCCCGCGGCGGGCUGUGCAAUUUCAUGCACAUCAAGCACAUCCCGAGGGCUGUGAAGAGGAGGUUGGUGCGGGAGAUGUACGACGAACACCCGGAGUACAAAGGCCCCGCGAGCCGUGCCAGAAGCAGGAGCCCGAAGAGGAGAAAGGCGGAGACCGCGAAGAAGCGGCAGUCCACGCCGGAAAGGCGGGCUAUGAUCGCGGAGUGGAACAAGGAGAGGAAGGCGGAGCUGGAGGCGCAGGCCGCGUCCGCGGUGCUGGCGGCGCCGCUGGCGAUCACGAGCGGCGCCGCCAGCCAGCCUCCCCCGCCGCUGAUGCAGCCGCCAACCAUGCAGCCGCCUGGCGUGCCCCCGCCGCUCAUGGUGCCGCCAGCCCUCACGAGGUGACCGCGGGCCGCCGGUGGAGCGGGCAGCGGCGACGGAUUCAUCCUCAGGCCUCCAGCGGUGUGUUCACUUCUUGCCAUCGGGAUGUGUCUUUUUCUGGAGGGGUGGGUGGGGCGGAGGGCUCCGUCUCCGGCCGCCCGUCCCGGCUCGCGGGGCUUCCGCUUGUGUACAGCCCAGCCCGCCGCUGCGUCCGGUUGCCAUAUUAUCACUCCGGGGUCGGGCGUCGUUGCGUAUUGGGGGGCAGCGUCAAUUUGUGAGAGGCUGCGCGAGAGGCCGACCGCCCGCGCGCGGAAACGGAGCGGCCGAUGUCGAGCCCGCGCGCCGCGAGGAAA